UGACUCUUGCUUUGGAACAUGAACUCUUGUGCUUUAUACCACUGUGCUCUGCACACCCUGAGUCUGGCAGUGCUUGAGAAAUAAUUUAGGACAGUGCAAAUGGGUACAUUUCCUGCCUGGUGAGGUUUUUCUGGGCACAGUUCAUCGAACCAAGAGAAUGUGGUAGAAUUGAUUGUCAGCAAAUGGUUUGGCUGUUUUUUCUACUGACUAAUAAAGCUACUUUGUGCAAUAGCUGUCCCACACCGUGGUUAGGGAGCUUUCCAGCAUAGAUGACCUUCAUUGUCCAGGGUUGCUGGAAAUGUCCACCCAGAAUGUGAUUUUAUGACAGAGCUGAAAAAAAAUGAGGCUGAAUGUCUGGAGGAGCCACAAGAGCCUGGAAAUGCAACAUCAGCAGGUUGCAAGAGAACUUGGGACAAAUUACUGUGCUGGCCAGAGGCAGAUGCUGGAGAGACUCUUGCCUUACCAUGCCCAAACAUCAUCCUUCACUUCAUGAAGGAGCCAGCUGGGAUAGUAAAAAGGAACUGCACAAGGAAAGGCUGGUCUGACCCGUUCCCUCCCUACCACGUCGCCUGUCCAGUAGAAGAUGAGAUUCCCCUUGAAGAACAAUCCUACUUUUCUACUAUAAGGAUCAUCUACACUGUAGGAUACAGCGUGUCCAUCACCUCACUCAUCAUUGCUGUGACAGUUCUUAUUGCAUUCAGGAGGCUUCACUGUCCCAGGAAUUAUAUCCAUGUGCAGCUCUUUUUCACGUUUAUCUUGAAAGCUAUUGCUAUUUUCAUUAAGGAUGCUGUCCUUUUCCAGGAGGAAGGCAUUGAUCACUGCAGCUUCUCUACAACUGAAUGCAAGAUCUCUGUGGUUUUCUGUCACUACUUCAUGAUGACCAACUUCAUGUGGCUGCUGGUGGAGGCUCUUUACCUAAACUGUCUGCUGCUCUCAUCCCUUUCUCAUGGAAGAAGAUAUUUUUGGUGGCUUGUCCUCUUUGGCUGGGGUUUUCCUACACUUUUCACUCUUAUAUGGAUUUUGGCAAAAUUCUACUUCGAAGACACGGCAUGCUGGGAUAUUAAUGAAGGCUCUCCUUACUGGUGGCUAAUCAAAGGACCUAUUAUAAUUUCUGUGGGGGUCAAUUUUGUCCUAUUUGUCAACAUCAUCAGAAUUUUGCUGAAAAAACUAGACCCUAGACAAAUCAACUUCAAUAACUCUUCUCAGUACAGACGUCUCUCAAGGGCAACUCUGCUCCUAAUUCCAUUAUUUGGAACCCAUUAUAUUGUCUUCAACUUCCUCCCAGAAUACACCAGCCUGGGGGUCCGGCUUUACUUGGAGCUCUGCAUUGGAUCUUUCCAGGGCUUUAUUGUUGCAGUUCUCUACUGUUUCCUGAACCAAGAGGUGCAAACAGAAAUCGGCCGGAGGUGGCACGGUAAGAGAUGUGGACUGGUGCCAGUGUGGAGGAGGACGAGAUGGACUGUGCCAUCCAGUUCUGGAGUAAAAAUGACCACUUCUGUGUGCUGAAGAUGCCUCAGGAGCUGGAGUAAUCACACACAUAAAAACCUGAUUAGGGAAACUCCCCCCCACCAAACAACAAAUAAGCCAAAAAACCCAAAAAACAUGCUGAUUGCAGUUCAUGCUGAGUAAAUAGGAGGAAAUUCCACUUCCACAGUUCUGUUCAUGGGGCACAUUUUGCAGGACGAGCAUUGCAGUGAAAGAUUAAACACUGCUUGGCCUUCUAAACACAAAAUAACCCUCUCAUCAAUACACUCUGCAUCACAGCAAGCCUAAAAACCAGCUAUUCUGGUUCACUUCUAUGCUUUUACUGAUAAAUAGAUGGAAUUAAGUGCCCAGGGAAUGGACAUCAGUAGUACCCUUCAGCUCUGGGAACUGGAAUUCAAUCCUCAUGCAAUGGGAGCUGGAGUCUGUUCAGCUUCUUCAAGCUUUGCUCCUUGUUUUGAUUCAGUAAAUAUGGAAAUAAGAAGCCAAAA